AAAUUUUUGUAAUCCGUCCAUUUUUGAUCUGUUUUCCUCUUUUCUUUUUUAAUUUGGAACUCGACCCGAAUAACUUAUCUGACUCUCCUUUAUCUUCAUUUGACAUAAUACUCCUUCGUUAUUUUGUUGCUGUCUUGACUCCUCUUCUCUAUCCAUCGACGACCUGUAUUCGAUGUCUCCCCUGGAUGACCAACAACAACAACCACAGCUAGAUCUGACUAGACAGUCAGUGGCCUCCAAGAAAAUGCGUAUGACACUUGCCUGUGUUCGUUGCAGAUCAAAAAAAGUGAAAUGUGACUUUGCCCAUCCUUCUUGCACAAGGUGUGCUCAAGCCAAAACACACUGUUCUUAUGAAGGUUCUUCGACUCAGGUAGAUCUUUUCAAUAUUGUGAAACUCAAUGAACUAGUUGGUACCUUACAGAAACGAGUACAGUCAUUGGAAGAAACUGUUGGCGAUAUACAUCGAAAUACACAAACAUCGACUGAUACCAUAGAAGAAAUGACUUCAAAUACAAUGACAGCUCAAAAUACUACUAUGGUAUCAAGAUCACUAUUACAAACUGAUAAACCUAGAAUUAAUCAAUCUCAACAAUGGUCUCUAUCUCUUACUCCAACCGGUUUACGAAUUGAUACUAAUGUCGUCGCUCUUCCCAAUUUGUAUGAAAUUCUACUCUCAGGCGUUUCUCAACUUGACUUGGAAACUGAUCCUACAAUCACAAAUCAAGAUAAUAUGGAUGGAUCAUCAUCUUCUCCUAUACCCUCUAGUCUGUCUGUUAAUGGAAAUCAGGAUACACAACAAUUGCGACAAAGGAAGUCUUCUUUUACAACUACUGACAAAACAACUAUGGUAGCGCGCAAAACACCUUUAUGGCGAUCUCGGUUGAUGACGUUCCCAUUAUAUAGUUCUUGGUCAUCAACAAAAGAUCAAACUUCAUCCGAUUCCUCUUCUCUUUCAACACAUCAUCAAUAUGAACACUAUGUUAAUGAUACUCCCAGUACGACAACACUAUCCGUUUUGGAAGAAAUGAUCAAUAUAUAUUGUGAAUGCUUCUUGUGUUUACCUGAUACUGGUUAUGGUGGGACAAUCAUCGAACGAUACCUUUCUGGAACAUUAGAUCCACUCUUGGCAAACGCUAUUUUUUCAUGGUCAGCCAGACAUGGGGCUAUUUAUCACGAUCUAUUUCCUGGGAAAGAUCCAAAUGAUGUGGGAGAAUGCUAUUUUGCCAUGGCUAAAGAUUUACUCAAGGACCGAUUCAUGAUUCCAGCUAUUGACACUCUCCAUGCACUCUUGAUUAUGUACAUCUAUGCUAUUGGAAGACCUCCUCAUUCAAAUUCCGAAGAUAAUAAUCGGCAACAAGGUAGUGUUGAAUCAGAAGCUUAUAUAUUCUUAGGUUUGGCUAUUCGGAUGUGUCUGGAUUUGAAACUUCAUGAAGAAAGGAAACCUAUCUUGAACGGCCAAGAUAAUAGGAUGGAUGAUGAUACGAAUCAAAACAAUGAUGGUGACAGCAGUAACAACAAUGAAGAACGAUUACAAGUGGAACGUUAUCGGCGGUUUUUCUGGGUACUUUACUUUUUGGAAACACUUUGCGCUGUACAUUCGGAUCGACCAUUCUCUCUACCAUCUGAAGAUCAAAUAACAGUAGCCUAUCCCAAUGUACUUGACAAUGAAUUAGGUGAACGACGAUGGAGAACAGAAUUCAUGAUGAAAAGAAUUCGUAUCACUCAUAUUUAUCGGAACAUUAUUCAACGAACUGCUCAAGAAAAGUUACCUUUAUCAUCAAUAUCUGAAUUGGAUUCUCGUCUUGGUGAAUGGUACAAGGAAUUACCUGUGUAUCUACAAUAUCAACAAGGCGAUCUUUUACGGCGGAACUGGAGAAGUACUUCUUUUCGAGAACAAGCAUGUAUCAAGCUCAACUUUGAAUACCACUUCCAACGGUGUCAACUUUAUUCGGUCUUCCUUACGAAACAGAAAAUCAAUGAUAACAUACGAAGUGAAACUGAUGAUGAUGGCGAUGAUAACAUGGGAAACAACAUCAACACUGAUGAUGAUAUGGGCGACACUCUUUCCAAAACUGCAUCACUAUCGAUGGAAAACAUGGCAAGAGAGGUUUGUAUUACUUCAGCAACGAUGACAGCAGAAUUGAUGGAAUGUUGGAAUCAAUUACAACAACGAUGGUGUCAUUUCUCUUUGGAAUCUCUCAUGAUGGCUGUACAUAUAUUUGAAAUGCUUCUCAAGAAUCAAGAUCAAGCAGAACAAGCCAAAACUCAUCUGACUACUAUGCUAAAGAUUUUACAAGUAUCUCCUAUUCAACAUCAUCGAUAUGUUAUUCUAGUUAUGACUCGGAUUCAGCAACUCUUAUACCCGGAUGAUUCUACAUCAAUACAGAAUACCUUCAAAUCUGGAAACACCGAUAAUACUGCUGAAGUCAAGGAUGGAAUAGGGGAACAACAAAGUGCAUAUCAACAUCUCGAUCAAUAUCAGCAGCAACACCAACAACACCAAUCUCAAUUUCGAUAUGAAUAUCAAACUAUGGAGCAACAAGAACAACAAUUAUUUCCUGGUCACUCUAUUCAUCAACAAACUGCAGACUUUUUUACCUCAUUUCGCAUGCACAAGACUGAUGGGAUGAUUGGCGCUAGUCUCAGUGAUCUUCCUUUCUCCGAUUUCUUGUACAACCCUGUCAUGGAAAUCCCCUCACCUUUUGGACCUUAUUCAGCAACUGGUACAGGAGCAAUUUCUUCAUCAGCAUCAUCAACUACACCAUUUAUGCACUCAACUACAUCCUUAUCAGCAUCAUCUUCGUCGAUAGGAUCCGGUUCGUCUAACCUAUCUUUACCAGGCUCUUCAACAGGAACAACAAACGCUAUUACUCAAUCGACGAUUGGUAUCUCUUCAUCACCAUCAUCAUCAUCGUCAUCAUCAUUAACAUCAUCCUCACCGAUACCAACAACAACAGCAACAACAACAACAACAGCAACAACAACAACAACAGCAACAACAACAACAGCAGCAACAACAACAACAACAGCAACAACAACAACAACAUCAGCAGCAGCAACAAUGAUUACACAUCAGGAUGUCCCAUCUCAGGAAAAUUAUAACAGAUGCAAUUCUGCAUCCUCAAUUUGGACAACAUUACAUCAACCGGCAUAUGCAUCAAAUGGAUUCGAUUAUAUCCCCACCAGAGUACCUUUGCAGCAACACCAACAGGAUCCUAGGAACCAACAUGAUUCUUCUUCUAUCGUACUUUCAUCGAACCAGUCUCAUAACAAACAAUAACAAGAUGAUAUGCAACAAUACUCCUCCGAUCAACAUUGAUGAUUCUUUUACAUUUUUUAUCAUACCAUAGUAUAGUGUAGAAUAGAAACAAUGAAUCAUUUAUAUAUUAUAUUGCCCUUUUUAUUUAUUAUUUGUACCAUUACUGUCCAUUACUUUUUACGAUUACUAUUGUUAUUAUUAUUGUUUCUAUUCCUAUUAGUUAUGUGAUUUUUGAUUGAAUAAACUAUGAAGAUUGUAUACCAUUAUAAUAG